UACAUAUUUCUCAAGCUACUGAAUAAUCCAAGAUGGCGUACAACCACGAAGAUGCUCCAAAUACUCGUUUGUUUAUCAUGUGUGGCAAAGGCGCCACAGAUGAAAUGCUUAAGAAAACGUUUUCUGCAUAUGGAACUAUUAAGGACCUGUGGAUCGUAAAAGAUCGGCGCACAAAUGAAGAAAAAGGAAUUGCCUACAUCACAUUCAGUCGGACUUCGGAGGCAGCCUUGGCGAUGGAGGAGAUGAAUGGGAGAAACAUCGAGGGACAGCCUCGACCACUCAAGGUUGUCAUAGCAAAUAGUAAAAGAGAAGGAUCUAUUCGAGACCCCAAAGAAGAGAGAAUUCUUCGAUUAUUUGUUGUUAUUCCAAAAGCCUUCAAAGAAGACGACCUGCGUACAGAGUUCAGUCAAUAUGGAGACAUUGACUAUGUGAAUGUUCUCCGUAACAAGGGCGGUGAAAGCAAAGGUUUUGGCUACGUCAAGUAUUUCCGCCCCUAUCACGCGGCCAAGGCCUUCGAGGAGUGCGACAAAAGUUACAAGGCGAUGUUUGCUGAACCUCCACGCCCAAAAGGUGUACGAGAAAUGGACGAUCCGGAAUACUACUAUGACCAAAAUAGAGGGUCGAAGAGGUCGUAUGAUGAGGACUAUGGUGGCAGCUACAACCGACAUGGUGGUGGAGGUCAUCGUGACCACCGUGACCAUCGAGAUCAUGGUGGGCACGGUGGUGGUCAUGGCGGUGGUCAUGGCGGGGGACAUGGCGGGGGACAUGGCGUUGGUAUGGGUGGUCUUGGUGGUGGCCUUGGAGGUGGACUUGGCGGUGGACUUGGCGGUGGUCUUGGAGGGGGUCUAGGAGGUGGUCUAGGAGGUGGACUGAGUGGCGGUCUGGGCGGAGGUCUAGGUGGUGGUCUUGGAGGACCUAUUGGAGGACGAGACUUCCCCAUGUCGCCAGCUCAGAUGGGUCCGCUUGACUUACUGGAAAACUACGCCAUCUCCUCACCGUGUGUCAAGCUUCAAAUUGUGGCUGCGAUAGGGCUGCCCCAGCGCUACCUGUCCGUGCUCUUCAGCCUUGUCCCCGGACUGGAAUAUUGUGACUUCAAUGAGUCAACAGGUAUUGGGUAUGCACGCUACUCUAACCCUCAGUGUGCAUCCUAUGCCCGAGACAAGCUGGACGGCUUUGAGUACCCUAUUGGCAGUCAGCUCCGAGUGUCAUUUGCCGACGGAGGGGGAUCCCCAGGAAACAGUUUUUCAGGGUCAAGGUCAAGAGAUGGCCCUGACGUCCGACAUAAGGCCGCCAUGUUGCUGGAGAAGGCUGGGAUCAACCCACACCAGGUCCUCAACGCUGACAGCUCCAUGGAGAGGGUUGGGUACUGCAACAUCGUCCUCCCCCCUCCCAAACCCCUCAAACCUGAAGACACGCCUGUAGCACAGAGGCUGUUUAUUGUGUGUCAGCCCUCGUCUGUGUCCGAGAAGAUUCUGCGAGAUGCCUUCUGCAGAUUUGGAAAUCUUAUCGAUGUGUAUCUUCUGGCAGGACGUAACUACGGUUACGCCAAGUUUGGUAGCAAGGAGUCAGCUAUGAAGGCUAUUCAAGUGCUACACGGUCAGCACCUCACUGGACAGAGGCUCAAGGUGCUGGAGGCUGAGCCCCCAAGAACGAAGGAGCAGGGGAGGGGCCAGCAAAGAAAGCCAGAUACUGAUGUGGGUGUGAUGCAAGUUGUCCAGCCACCCCAGUCUGAAAUGAAGCGAGGGAUCAGUUCAGUGUUGUUGAGAAGUCUGAAGGAGGACACAUCAACCAAGGUGGAGAUUUUGCUCGAGACAGGCAUGGGUGAGGGUCUGUUAUUAGAAGCACAGACUGAAAGAAUCAAAUGGUCAAAUUCACUGCUAUUAGCAGAUCAAGACCCAUACCACCACUCUAGUCAACAGACCCAGAUGAUUGGAUCAGUGCAGAUUCUACGUCCGGCCAUGAUAGAUAGCCACCACCAUGUUGCAAUAUGGACAGUUGAGAGACGAGAUAGCCUUGUGGUAAAAACAGAUGUCUGAUCAAGCCGCACACCUGGGUUUGAUUCCCCAAUAGCUGUGGAACCCUUGUCUGUUGUCCACAGUGGUGAUGUGGAUUCCUGUAGCCUCGAGGUUAAAGUGUUUCAUCAAGCCUCACACCAGGAUGAUUCUCCACAUUUCUGAAGUCCCCAAUAGUGAUUUGGCUAAAAGAAUGCUAAACGCAUAUCACAGCCUUGGUCACUCACUCAAGUGCAUCUUUUCUCUUAAUAAAACAAACACAAUGU